AUGGCUCCCACCCCUCCCCGAUUAAGAAUUCUAUCAGUCGGCGGGAAUGCUGUUUCUGCUUUCCUGUCAUGGAGGCUUCAAGCCACCAACGCUUGCGAUGUGACACUGGUGUGGAAGUCUGGAUUUGAUGCUGUAUAUCAAUACGGAAUAUCAUUCAAAUCUACAUCUUUUGGCAACGAACGAUUCAAACCACGGCAUGUUGUUCGCACACCCGAAGAAGCCGCAAGUAAUAAAGAUGGGCCUUUCGACUACGUCCUACUUUGCGUAAAAGCUCUACCAGAUGUAUACGAUCUCGCGGCGGUCAUUGAAUCUGUCGUCACACCACAACACACAUGCAUAUUAGUCAACACUACACAUACUUUGGGUGUCGAGGCCCAUCUCGAAUCGAGGUUUCCAAGCAAUGUUGUAUUAUCACUCGUCUCAGGGGCUGAGAUAGUGCAAUUGGGAGCAAGCGAAUUUGAGCAUAAAGGUUCCACCGAGAUAUGGGUUGGACCAGCAAAUAAAAACCCUUCGAUGCCUAGCACUAUUCAAGGAGAUAUGGCUGAGGCAUUGGCAAUGACUUUGAGUGGUGGACAAGUGGACUGUCAUGUUUCCACGAACAUAAGGCAACAACAGUUUGAAAGGAUGAUUGGACCCAUAGCUUUUCAUCCACUGAGCGUACUCUUCGAAACGUCAUCUCACUCUGCUUUGCUCGAGAAAGUUGGCGUGAGAUCGAUGAUCUCGGAAUUAUUUGACGAAUUGAUCAACCUUGCCGAAGCACAAGAUUGUUCAUUUCCCCCGAAUUUCAAAGAAAAAAUUAUGGAGGAAAUGACAAAACCUUCCGAAGCUAACAGUAUAAUGUACCAAGACUAUGCUGCAAAGCGGCCGAUGGAGGUCGAGACGUAUCUUGGAUCUCCCAUAAAACUCGCUCAACUUGUUGGAGUCAAGGUACCUCGCAUAGAGACUCUCUACCCAAUCCUCCACAAUCUCAACAUUGUCAAUCAACAGAGGAAAGAUACCGGCCUAACGCCUCUGGCUUCUCCUAUGGCUCCUCCCAUGAGAAUGUCUUCUGCUCCUCCCCCUAGACCUAUGAUGAACGGAGGUCCACCCAAUGGCGCCGGAAGAGGGAGAGGGCGUUCACCUUCUAUGGGUCACCCUCCGCCGGGUAUGCGACGCGGACCAGGCGGGCCACCAAAUGGUUUUGGCCGACCACCACCUCCAAAUGGAUUCCCCCAAUCGCGAAACCAGUCGAGGCGAGGGUCGCUGGAAGGUAAUGAUCUCGAAGAAUUUAGUCACUUGGUUCUAUAUGACGAUAUUCCCGAAGGUGGAGAAGCACCUUAUCCCGCUGAAGGUGGUGGUGAUGUUGCCCUAAGAGAACGCGAAUUAAUGCUUAGACAACGCGAGCUUGCUCUUCGAGAGCAGGAGAUGCGCAUACGUCAAGGCGGACCUCCUCCUAGAUCUCGCCGUGGUCCACCUACACCUUCAGUGCGAAAUGGAGGAUUCGACGAUGACGACGAUGACGACUAUUACGUAGACCCUGCAGACGCUCCUCCCGUACCUCUGAUUGAUCCCGACAAUUUUGAUAUGAUGAGCGUUACAUCGCGUCGAAAUCGCGCGAAGGCUGCGCCGACAAAACAACAAAUGCGUGCUAACCCCGAAUACGAUAAUGCUCCACCUCGUCGAGGCGGUGGAUUUCUGCGUGGUAACACCCCUCGGAAUCGUUCUAGCGCGAGAAUAAUAAGUCAGGUGCCUGGCUUACACGACAAUCUAAUGGAUGAUCCUUUAAUGGCAUAUUCAUCCAAUCGAUAUGGUACUGUGGAUCGACAAACAAUGGGUAUGGAUUCAAGGACAAAUUCAUUAACAGCUGCUCGACUGGACGAGUUACAGUUUGGAUCAUCUGGUCCACCUACCCAUGGACAGGGUGGUCCAUAUCCAACGACAAGGCGAGCAAGUCAAUCGCCCGGAAAUCCAUAUAGUCCGCAAGCACAGAGAGGAAAUGGGAGACCUUCACCACCGAAUGGGUAUAUGGGAGGGCCUGUGAAUGGUAGACCCUCACCUCCAGGAGGUAUGAGGCAGCCUGCACCUCGGCAUCCACCGGGGCAGGGGAAUAUGGUUGCACCGCAACAGGUUGAGCAAUAUGCUGGGGUGAGCGCCCUCCAUCCACCAAAAGGUCCUGUGAACGUGCGAAGUCUGACCGGAAGUGCUAGCGCUAGCGCAGGUAGUGGUGACAGCGGCGCCAGCGCCACCCUCGACUCCGAACCAUCUGCAAACAGCAGUCAAAGUAGCCUCGGGCCACGUCCACCCAUGGGGGUGAGGUAG